AUGUCACAUAUACCAUUUAUUGAUGUUUCUGUUAAUGCUGAUUGGUCUGAUUGGCAAAACUAUCCAAGUGGAAGACCAAAUCCAAUUUAUUCAAAACAAGCUAUUGACUAUAAUGUUUUUGGUUUAGUAUUUGGCUUCAUUACAUUAUCUUCUUCUGAUAAUACUGCAUGUUGGGCAGCACAACCAACAAUGCCACUUGAUUGGGCAUUGCCAUUGGCAAAAGACAUUCAAGAGAAUGGUAAAAAAGUUAUAGUUUCAUUUGGUGGUGCAUCUAAUCAAGAUAUCUCUUGUAGAUUUUCAGUUGAAGAAUUGAUUGAGACUUAUAAUACCGUGGUCACUAUUUAUAAUGCAUAUGGAUUAGAUUUUGAUUUAGAGAAUUCUUUAUUCAAUGAUAAGAAUAUUGCAUUAGCUUUGAAAAGUAUUCAAUCAAAGAAUCCCACUCUUUUAAUAAGUUUAACACUUCCAACAUUGCCAACUGGUUUAACAUCAAAAGGAUUGGAAAGUGUAAAUGCAUUCAAAGAUCAAGGACUUAAUUUCAUAGUUAAUGGUAUGGCAAUGGAUUAUUAUAUGGAAGAAUGGAAAGACGAUAUGGGUGAGGCUGCAAUUCAAUGUGUAACUAGUAUUAAAAAUCAAUUGAAAACCGUUUACCCAUCAUUAAGUGAUUCUGAAGCAUAUGGAAAAGUUGCUAUUACUCCAAUGAUUGGUUUAAAUGAUGAUCUUAGUAUGUUUACCAUUGAUGAUGCUGCUAAAAUUUCAACAUUUUGCAAAAUCAAAUUCAAUUAG